CGAGAGCUGAUUUCAUCUUUCAGCCGGCAGGCCGCUUGCCGAGGAAUCUCGACUUUCAUUGUCUCGUUGAUCGCAGGCAGGUCAAUGCAACGCAACUACUGCGACGGUUGCUACGCUUGGAUACUGUUCACAACAUGAGCCAAUAUCAAGCCGCUGUACCGAGUGACGGCUCAGUGAAGCAUGAAAUUCGGAAAUACUAUGAAGAGUUUUACGCUACAUCAGACACGCCUGAUGCUCAUGAGAAGUAUGCUGCCGGUUUCACCAGGGAUGCAAAGCUUAUUAUGGCAUCGAACGAAGCGAAUGGGACCCAAGAAAUUCUGAAGAUGCGUGAGGGAAUGUGGGAGAAGGUUGCAAAACGCUCGCACAAGCCAGCCCAGAUCUACUCCUUCGGUCCCGGCAGCAACGACGUAAUGUUGCUCGGGACGGUAGACUACGAGCUGAAGGACGGCAGGAAGACUACCGUCGAUUGGGCGGCGCGCUCACAAUUCGCGGAAGAGGCCGGUCAGCUGAAGAUGAGCUUCUACCAAGUCUACCUCGACACAGCAGCCAUGGCGAAGGCUCAGUGA